UUCUGUUUGCAUGUUGAUUUAGGAGGAAAAAACCCAAAACUUUGUGCGUUUUAUGACCUUUUUUUGAAGUCGCCACGGGGAGUCGCCUGGCGAUGACGUCAAGACGUAACACUGACAGCGGAGACGCCUGUUCAUUAAAAAAAAAAAAAAAACAACUGACAUUAAAAUGAGGCUCAAAUUAUCGCUGCGUUUGAUUAACAAAUGGUCCGCUUUUAAUGCUCGGUUGCGUAUGAACAGAAAUCGAGGCGUGUUACGGAAUUGAGUUCAUUUCCUGUCGCAAAGCUAACUAACAUCCAGCGUUUUUAGAUUUGCGACCGUAAAAGCGCUGACCCCGCCGCCGACGAGCAGCUAGCUAGCUAGUUAGCUUAGCAUAGCUUAGCCUGAACCAGUGAAACGAAGCGAGCUAGCUUGUAGCAUUCUCAAAAAUGGGUUUGUGCUAACAGCCAGAGGUCUCCCUGCAGAUGUCAUAUUGGAGUGGGGCAGACUUUUAGCAUGUGAAUACAGUUUCUUGCCGAUUCAGACAGUCUUCGCCGUCUCAAAGCCUUUCUGGUGCUAUAGACACGAUGUCGAGCCGAAGGAAGUCCACCACCCCCUGCAUGGUGCUUCCAUCAGAUGUAGUGGAGCAGGAUAUGGAUUUGGAGACCCUUGCAGGGGAAGAAGGAAUCGAGAACUCUGCAGAAGGCCUUACGGAGGGUAUAGUGGUUCCACUGGACAGUGAAGGAGAGCAUGAAGACAGUUUAAGCCAUUCUGCAGGAAAACACCCAAGUCAAACUGCUGUCGAGCAGUCAGUCGCAGACCUGACUGCUGAAGGAAAUGGUCAGGCUGAGACGGAGGAGAGUGAAGACCCAUCCAUCACUGGGAUUUCUCUCAGCAAAACUCCCAUCAUGAAAAAGAAGCCUGAACCCAAAAGAAUAGCCGUGUCUCUCAAGGGGGCAGAAGAGAGCGAUUCGUUAAUUGAAAGUGAAGGGGAUCCAGAGUCAAUGGAAGCAUCUAUUACAGCAGAUAUGACACACCCAAUUCUUAGUGAUUCCACAAAACCUGGCGUGUUUGUCAGCAUUCCCAGUGCACUUCCUGCAGAGCAAAAGAAGCCAGUUGUGAACCCUGCUACAGUCCUUCCUGCUGGCCUUGCCCAGGUUCUGUCAGCCUUGCAGGCCCAGCAGAGUGCUCAGGCUCAGCUCCUGAUUCCAGUGAGCAGUAUUCCAACCUACAAUGCGGCCAUGGACACAAAUUCACUGUUGGUGAGCACAUACAAGAAGUUCCCGUACCCAUCUGUGUCGGAGAUUAUGGGCCUGGCAACCCAGACCAAGUUCUCAGAGGAGCAGAUAAAGAUCUGGUUCUCUGCUCAGCGUUUGAAGCAUGGUGUGAGCUGGACACCAGAGGAAGUUGAAGAGGCUCGAAGGAAGCAGUUUAAUGGCACGGUCCACACAGUGCCUCAGACCAUUACAGUCAUUCCAGCUCACCAUCUGUCUGCCACCAAUGGGCUCCAGUCGAUCCUUCAGACUUGCCAAAUUGUGGGACAGCCAGGCCUUGUUCUGACACAGGUUGGCACCACAAACAGCUUGCCAGGUACCACCCCGAUCACUCUGACUGUUGCAGGAAUGCCAAGUCAGAACCAGGCAUCCAAGAUCACAACUAGUCAGACCAGCUCUGCUGUUAGUGAAACAAAAAGAGCCACGACGGUCCAGCCACCAUCGCUGACUCCUCAGGAGAGCUCUGCACUCAGCGCAGAUCACUUUGGCCUGCGCCCGAAGAAGUCGAAGGAACAGUUGGCUGAGCUGAAAGCUAGCUACAUGAAAAACCACUUUGCCAGUGAUGCCGAAAUUGCCAGGCUGAUGAAGUUGACCAACCUUACCAAAGGUGAGAUCAAGAAGUGGUUCAGCGAUACCCGCUAUAACCAGCGCAAUUCCAAAAACAACCACUUCAGUAUACCCCAUGAGAGCUCCCGGGCCAACAACAGUAAUGCCACCAUUGUUAUUGACUCCAGUGAUGAGACCCCUCAAUCUCCAACACCAUCGCCUGUCAAAGAGAAGGAGACGCGCAAGACCUGGAACCCGUUUCCGGACUUCACUCUGCAGAAGUUUAAGGAGAAGACUCCAGAGCAGUUGGUGAUUCUAGAGGAAAGCUAUCAAAAAUGUGACACCCCCACAGAUGAAGAACUGAGUCGCCUGAGGGCUGAAACAAAGCUCACCAGGCGGGAGAUAGAUGCUUGGUUCACAGAGAAGAGGAAAACUCCCGUCACAGAGUCGUCUGAACAAAAGACUGAUGAGAUGGAUGGUAAGCCCUCCUAUAGUAAAGGUUACCAGAGUCCACCUGGAGUAAAAAAGUUGCCCAAGGAAAAGAUCACAAAGAAAACUCCAGAACAACUUCAUGUCCUCAAGAGUGCCUUUGUACGCACUCAGUGGCCAUCUGCUGAGGAAUACGACCAGCUAGCUGAGGAAAGUGGGCUACCCCGGUCUUACAUCGUCAACUGGUUUGGGGAUACCAGGUAUGCUUGGAAGAACGGUAAUCUUAAGUGGUACUUCUAUUACCAGAGUGGCAACUUGGAGGGUCUGAAUGGCAGCAAGGGCAGGAAACGGAGGAUUCGGAACCGUGGCUGGGGGAGGUCCCGCAGCAGGAGAGCCAAAAAAUCCACAGGUUCAGAGAAGUCUCCACCAAUGAAGUUCAAGACUGGGAAAGAGUUUCUUAAGGAAUACUACUUGAAGCACAAGUUUUUGAACGAGCAAGAUCUGGAUGAGCUGGUAGCCAAGUCAAACAUGAGUUACGAACAGGUCAGGGAGUGGUUUGCAGAAGUCGGCAGGAAGGUGGAUAUGGGUGCAGAUCCUUUUGAAGAUAACACAGGUAAUGAGCAAGAAGAGGAGGAGUCAGAGGGCGAGACUGAUAUGGCAGCCGAAGAGCAAGGACCCUCAGCCCCCGGUGAUGACGACGAUGACGAGGAUGAUGAGGAUACUGACGAUAGUGAUUCCUGGGAGCCCCCACAAAGUGUUCGAAAAACCUUGUCAGGGUCUGAGGAACACUGAUUCAUCAGCUCAUUUGCCUUCAGAAAUAAUCGAGGUUUUGAAAAAGAGAGACCGAGGAUCCAGUUCCACCAUAUUGACUAACCAAUCCUGCUUGCACCGCUUUUACAUUUCCCACUUUCUUAUUCAAGCUUAAUGUUGGUGUUUUGGUUUAUGAAAUUUGCAGACACGAAUUGAAGGACUGGUUCUGUCGAAUUUAAGAUCUUGUACACAAACACAAGGUAUCGCUCAUCUCUGUUCAUCGAUGAACAGUGUUGCACACAAAAUGAAGAAUCUUGGCCCAGCUAGUCUGUACCUUCAAAUGUGCAAUUUGACUAUAAUUUAAAAAAGAUGACGUUUUAUUUCAGGAUAUGGGCAGAAUUUUAUUUUAAUUUUUUUUUUUUUUUUAAGAAAAAUAAAAUGAUCCUCCCUUUGCCACAAGGAGGAUCCAUGGUGCCAAAGUUCCUUUUUGCUGAAUGUUACGGUUCCCUGUUUUAUGAAAAACAGUUAAUCAAGAAAACGUGUGUAUGUAUCUAGAGAGAGUAAGAGAGACAUGCACAAAAAAGAAAAGAAAUCGGGCAGUUUUUGUUAGUGUUUAAAAAACCCUGCCUCUCAAGCCAUCCAAUGGCAUCAAGUAUAAAAACAUUUAAUGUUUGAGACCUGUUGGAAUUUACUCUACAAUAGUAGUAGGUGAAUCAUAUUCCGCUUCACUUAACGAUCUACUGAGUGUAAUCUGAAAACGAAUACAGCACAACCAGUGAAGAUCUGCAGCCUUGAUGACCAGGAGGUGCUCUGGCAUCAUGUGGAUCAACUUUCCUCGGAUUUUGAGUUUCUCCUUGGGAGUCUGAGAUGAUGAACAGCUGCAGGAGACUGUUAGUGGACUGUUCUCAGUGCCUGUACAAAGGAGUGGGACUGUGUGGGGUUUUUUUUUUUUCCUUUCUUCUCCCCCCUUCUUGCACCGUUUCAACCGGACUCUUUAAAAAAGCACUUUUUUGGGGGUUUGCUGUUUCUUAACAAAUGGUUGUUAGUAUUUCCCAUAUGUACCUGAAGCUUAACCCUUAUGUUCUGUUUGACUGCUUUAAAAUUUCUAAGUUGAAAAUUGAACUGAUCUCCCUGUUGCCUUGGUUUCUCUAAUCAAGCCUUUUUUUUAAUAUAUAAAUACUUCUAUUCCAUAAUUCUAUUCAGGUCUCUUAAGCAUGGGAAGCACUUGUGGCUUUUAAAGUGUUUGUCAGAUUAUUAUUAUCCCCUUCGGACACAAAAUGCUAUGGAACUUCAUGUGUAAAAUUAUACACAUUAUGUCUGAAGGGAUUUUUAUAUAUAAUAUAUAGGGUGGUGUAGUGGUUAGCACUGUCGCCUCGCAGCAAGAAGGUUCUGGGUUCGAGCUCAGGGGCCUUUCUAUGUGGAGUUUGCAUGUUCUCCCCGUGUCUGCGUGGGUUUCCUCCGGGUGCUCCGGUUUCCCCCACAGUCCAAAGACAUGCAGGUUAGGUUAACUGGUGACUCUAAAUUGACCGUGAGUGUGAAUGGUUGGUUGUCUCUAUGUGUCAGCCCUGCGAUGAUUUGUCCAGGGUGUACCCCGCCUUUCGCCCGUAGUCAGCUGGGAUAGGCUCCAGCUUGCCUGCGACCCUGUAGGACAGGAUAAGCGGCUACGGAUAAUGAGACGAGAUGAAAUAUCAAACCUCAUGAUUUUUGGUUCCUUCAUUUCUUCCCUGGACAGAUGGGAGGGGUUUAAAUGCCCACAUGCAUAAAGUUUGAUUAUAUUUCUAAUAUGUAUUUAUGACACGUCCUUUUGCAAAAAUGGAUUGUUUUGCAAUGUAAAAAAUCAAAAUUCCUUGCUACUGUCAACAGAACAUGAGGGUUAAUGGAGAAAGGGGGCUUUGCUUCACGUUUGAAACCUUAAGGGAUCCGUUAUAUAGAUAAUGGCCCUAUUUUUUAAUAAUAACUAAUAUUUGUGGUCAGAUGGAUUUUCUGUGAGAAGGACAGGAAUGAUUUCUAUACCCUGGAUGUGUUUUUAAACUGUCCCCUCUUAUAAUAUUGCAUGCUGCAGCUGUUGAGAGGAUGGGGGGGAGGAUUUGCUCAUUUUGUACAUAAGUUUUAUGGUUACAUUUUAUAAGUCGUUUUACGCAAUUUUAUAAGUUUGUAUUUAUGAUUAUUAUGACAUCCCUCCUUGGCCCAAGUGGAGUGCUUGUAUGGUGACCCUUUUUGUGUGCUCUGAUUGUUGGUGUGAUUUUUUUUUUUUUUUUAGAUGAGUUUUGCUUAAAACUCCUCUCGAAUUGUUCUCUCAUUGGUGAACAUUAUUGCCUGGUGUCCUCCAUGUGAUUCUGCACUUGUAGUGUGUUUAUAGACAAGAAAUACACAAUUAUAAGUAUUGUCUGAAAAAUCACCCACUUUUCUGCAAAAUAUCCAUAAAAACAACAAAAAAAGAAGCAAAAUCUUUCAUCUAGAUGUUAAAAUGAUGCCUAUGCUUUUUUUCUUCCUUGAAUGUGUUGUGUGAAGUGCAGCAGUCCGUCUGCUGCCUCUGUCCAUCUGUCACUAGUCAUGUUAACAGCAGUACAUCUCCACAUGAUCAACUAGAAUCACUGUAAGGCUCAUUUAGGUCCACGAAUACGAUCGGGCACCAUCAUGGAGGUAACUUGUGAAAUCAUACCGAGCCUUAACAUUGAAUCGGUGGCAGAAGCUUUAUUUUCCAGAGCCAUACGCCUUGUGCAAUGCUUUUAAUUUAAAACUGUUUUAAUAGGCUGUGGCUUGAUUUAGACAGAAGAUAUAUUUUCUACUUGUUUGAGGACAACAAUAAAUUUAGAUGAAAACCA